ACAUAUAAUAAAUACGGUUUGUGAAGGACUAGUAGAUGUCAUUUAGUCAGUGACUUCGUUGUGAACGUGGAUCUGGCGACAGGCUUGAAUAAGCUUGUGUAUAAUAGGUCGAUUUGACACUAACUUAAAGUCCUGAAGUUGAUUUGACAAAUGUUUAUAUACAAAGCGUGAUAUUGCUGGAAGGGAGAUCACGGCUACUUGUAGUGCUGUUGCACGAGUUCAUUUGGGUUACCUCCCUUGUAACAGAGAUAACGGAGCAAGCCACUUGACGAAACUGGAAGUCACUAUGGACAACCCUAGCUUGGUAAGCGUGGAAUGGCUCAAGGAGAAACUGGACAGUGACGAUCUGGAUAAAGUGGUCAUCCUCGAUGUAUCCUGGUCAAGCACUAAAGACAUGAAGGAGCAGUAUAACAUAGAGCACGUGCCUAAUGCGUCGUACCUCAGCGUAAUGGAAGGCAUUCACAAUGACAUGUUUCCCCGUAACGUCCCUGACAUCGAAGCAUUUCAGGACAGUGUCAGGAAAGCAGGAGUCAACGCCGACAGUCACGUGAUCGUGUAUAGUGACUCGGACGCAUGUGGGUUCUUCCUGUCAGGGCGCGCAUGGUGGACUUUCAAGUUGUUUGGACAUAAAACAGUGUCCAUUCUUGACGGCGGUUGGCAGCGAUGGAAGUCUAAAGAACCCGAAGGUUAUCCCGUGACCAGUGAAGUACCAAGUCCAAAGGAAGGGAACUUUACCUGUUCGAAAGAUGACAGUAUAAGACUGACGUAUGAAGUCAUGGUAGAUAAUUUCACGAGACCGGAUAGGCAGGUGUGUGACAGCCGGGCGACAUUGAAAUACACCAGUCCAGAUGGCAAAGGACAUAUAAAAGGUGCUAAAAAUCUACCGAUGUCUCAAUUAGUCAACAGUUCCACAGGAACUUUAAAAGAUCUGGACGAUCUUAAAAAAGAAUUUACCACUGCUGGAAUCGAUCUAUCUAAACCCAUGGUCUGUUACUGCAACAGUGGCAUGUCAUCGUGUACUUUGGCCUUCACAGCAGCUUUGUGUGGCAACGACAAUGUUUCUGUAUACCAUGGAGGAUUCACAGAGUGGAGCAAAAAAUCACCUGACGAUCUGAUCGAGAAGUAGACUCAACAAGCCUUCAAAAUUGUCACCAAGCAAUGAACAUGCAAUGUUUAAAGCAACUAGUCUAUAUAGUUAAAUAUGUGAACUCUAGCGGGUUCAAACCGCAAUAUCAUACUAACCAGUGUACAAAGAAAACUAAAUAUUAAAUAGAUUGUGAGAAAUUUAAAGAAAAUUUUAAAAAAAAUUAUAAUAAUUAGGCAAUCUAUUAUUGCUUUAUGUAUAAUGAUGACGUCAUAAUAUACUCUAUGAUUUACGUCGGCUUUUCAAUAUCUUCUGAUGACGUGACGAUUUAACAUUAAUAUUUAAAGAAACACGUUUUUCAAGCAGUACGAAUGUUGAUUUGGUUAAGCAUAGAUGAUUUCCUGUGUAAAACAUUGCAUAUGGUUGUAAGUGUUGCCAGCUGUAUGUUCAACCAUUCAUUUUUGUGUGAAUGUAUUCUGUAACGUGAACUCCUUUUGUUAACGUGUUAAGAUUUACACUUAUGAAGUUAUUGUUCGAUAAACUUUUGUGUUAAUUAUGUGUAAACCUGUUUUCUUUUUGACGUCAGAAUUACGAAAGUAAGGACAGCAACUAACCACAUAGGCCUUCCAUUAAAUUUACUUUCUAAUUGACGUUGGUUAAAGACUGCUUUAAGAACAGUACUUGUAUAUGCAAUUACUAUGCCUGAAUUAAACUUGACUGUCAAGCAGCUAAGGAAGUACACGUUAUCUGGGCUACUCCACAGUUUUACUGGAUAUGUGUCCAUUCCUUAACGGCUAAACAUUAUUCUGAACAAAAUAUACUGAAAUCUAUGAUAGAAAUUGUAUCAAUAUUGUUACUAAUGUACACUUAAUAAGAAUAAUAUAUAGUUUUAUCAAACAAUUAAGAGACAAAAUGUUGACAAUGAUAUCGUAUAUACACUGUAUAACUGGGAAAAUGGUGUGGUGUUGUUAUCGUUGAGUUAUUGAUUACAGAUUAUAUUGCUGAUAUCUCAA